CCAUUGUUCACAUAGACUUGUGCACUGCACCAUACCGGGUACAGUCACACGCCCAGCCCAUCUCCUCUCUCUCUCUCUCUCUCUCUCCCUCCUCCUCCUCCUGGAUCCUUCACAUUCUCUCCUCUCCUCCAUCCGGCAGCAUCUUCCAGCUCUCUGCUCUCCCUCCAUCGUCAACAACAAUGACCAGCACUAUAUCAGCCUACACAGACAAGAUCAAGGAGAUGUCCAUGCUGUCUCUGAUCUGCUCCUGCUUCUACACACAGCCACAUCCCAACAGCCUCUAUCAGUAUGGAGAUCUGGAGGUAAAGGGCUUGAACAAGCGAGCGUCGGGCCAGUCGUUUGAGGUUAUCCUGAAGGAUCCCGAUCAGUCCGGAGACAAAAGCCAGCCUGAGCUGCUGCCCUCCCCCCCGAGGAGGGAGGUGUCCCUGGAGGAGCUCCAGAAGAGGCUGGAGGCUGCUGAGGAGAGGAGGAAGUCCCAGGAGGCCCUGGUGCUGAAGCAGCUAGCGGAGAAGAGGGAGCACGAGCAGGAGGUUCUCCAGAAGGCGCGCGAGGAGAAAAACAUCUUUAGCAAGAUGACGGAGGAGAAGCUCAUCCAAAAGAUGGAGGUCAGCAAGGAGAACCGGGAGGCCCACCUCGACGCUCUGAAACAACGGCUGCGUGAGAAAGAAGUCCAUGCCGCUGAGGUACGCAGGAACAAGGAGCUUCAGGCUGACCUCUCGGGCUGAAGAUGUUUCCUACACUCUUGGCAGUGGAUGCUACUUUUCAAACUCUUCUGUGUGUCACAAAGUGUUCAUGUUGUUCAGUAUUCUCCAAUAUCAUCCUACACAGUGCACCUUUUUGGACUCAAACUAGUUGUUAAUACGCACCAAAUAAUCUCACUCAUCUGUUUCAUUUUUGGUAAACCACACACAUUUGGAAAUGCAGUUACAUAUUGUGAUAAAAAGAUCAGUGGGAAUAAAGUCCAAUCAUGAGCCAAACAA